AUGCCGCAUACAACCGCAUCCACUAUACGGAAAGCUUCUCCACUCCAUGCACUGGAAACUGACCGGGAAGAUGAACAACAGCAACUGACGAUAAAUACACGACGAACUGAAAUUAAUAUUGACACGAACAUUAUUGAUACGGAAACGAACACAGCGCACAAUAUUCUUUCACCUUUCAUUGACCAGCAGCGUGUCGCCUGCUCUGCGACAAUUGUUCGACCAAGCAUAUCGCCUACUAGUCAACUAUCGCGUAUAAGAAAUCCGGGCAAAAAAGAAUCUGAAAUUACAAUCUACUAUCAGAAUAUGAACAGUAUAAAGGGAACUGAACGACAGAAGGACGUGUACAUGUCGGCUCUAGCUUUAGAUUAUGACGUGUUCGCGUUCACGGAGACUUACCUCGAUCAGUCGGUGGUUGACGAAAUGUUAUUUCCAGCUCAUUUUUUGGUCUACAGAUGUGACCGAAAUCUAUCCAAUAGCGAUAAACAGUCAGGUGGAGGGACGCUUAUCGCAGUCAACAGGCGCCUAUCCAGUUCGGAUCACAUAACAGCUGAAAAUAAUGAGGCUUUGUGUGUAAAAAUUAAACUAGCAGCAGAAGCACUGUUUUUGUGCUGUUGCUAUAUACCUCCUACCUCUCGCAUCCAGCGGUACAGUUCGUUCGUAUCAUUCGUUGAUUCCAUUGAGAGUCAUCUACAGCCUGAAGAUGAUUUAAUUGUAAUCGGAGACUUCAACCUGCCAAAUUUAAAUUGGAAUCAAUAUCAAGAAGAUGAAAGUAACCAUUUUUACUUACCCGAACAAAUCAGCUCACAAAGCGAGAUCACUAUUGUUGAUGGACUGUUGGCAGCCGGUCUAAUGCAAAUUUGUAAUUUGCCGAAUCAAAAUAAUACUUUCCUGGAUCUUGUGUUUACAACAGAUACAUACAUAUGCAAUCUGGCUAUCACGGAUCCGUUGAUAAGGCACGAAAUUCACCACAAUGCAAUGUUGUUGUUUGUCAAAACACUUGCAUCUCGUGAGCACGCAUCAGGGGUGUGCAGAACGCGCUUGAAAUUCGAAUUAAUGAAUAUUGAAGCGGUUCAGUUGGAAUUAGCAAGUACCGAUUGGAACAGCAUUUUUAUUUCCCGACAAUGCUUCGAGAAUAAUUUGGAAUUAUAUCAAGGGCAAGCCACAUCACAGCUACAUUUUCUUCGCUCAAUCGAUGUAUUUAAUUAUGAUAUGGAUCAUCAAGCGAUAGUGCGUACUUGGAUGGAUGUUAACGUUAUUUCGUUCUACAAUAAGCUUUAUAACAUUUUCGUUAAACACACGCCGUCUUCUGUGUGCCGUCAACGUACAGAUAAAAGGUAUCCUGAGUGGUUUUCUGCCUCGUUGAUUCGAUUGAUGAAGGACAAACGAAGGGCAUUCAAAUACAUGCGUCGAGCUGGGACAGCGGAGAGUAUUGCCGCUUAUAAACAACUGUUGAGUUUGUUUAAGGCGGCACAUAGGGAAGAACAUCGUGCGUACAUUGGAAAACUGCAGGAAAACUUGAAGACGUUACCUGAUCCCGAUGUUGCUUCGGAAGAUGAUGAAAUAUUAGAAAUUCGACGAGAUACCAUUAAAAAGUAUAUACUUGGCUUAGAUAAAAACAAAUCGGCAGGUGCUGAUAACAUUACGAAUCGUGUGAUAGCUGACCUUGUCCAAGAAAUUGUGGAACCGUUGGACAUUCUAUUCAAUUCUUCCCUUCGCACUGGCUAUUUUCCAUCUCUGUGGAAAGUUUCGCAUUUAACACCGAUAUAUAAGAAAGGUAAUCGUUCAGACGUAGAAAAUUAUCGCGGAGUGGCAAUUCAGUCGGCUAUUCCUAAAUUGUUCGAGGCAAUCGUGUACGAAGGUCUAUAUGACAAAGUAUGUGGGCAAAUAUCAUCGAUUCAGCAUGGGUUUCUGAAGGGUAAAUCAGUCGUAACGAACCUGUGUGAAUUUCAUACAACCGUGACAGAUUACAUAUCAAGAGGAUAUCAAGUAGACUGUAUUUACACGGAUAUGAGUAAAGCUUUUGAUGCAGUAGGAAUUCGUAGUGUACUCGAUGCAGCUUAUGAUUUCGGCAUUAGAGGCUCACUGCUAAACUGGUUAAACUCCUAUUUAACAUGCAGAACGCAGUAUGUGAAAAUUCACGGCGAAGUUUCACAGCCGUUCACCGUAAACCCAGGUGUUCCACAAGGAAGCCAUCUAGGUCCGUUACUCUUCGUACUAGUGAUGAACAAUCUUUCCACUUUCAUCGUAGAAGCAAAUAUUCUGGUAUACGCCGAUGAUGUCAAACUAUUCUUACCAGUAAAGACCACCAAAGAAUGUUUUGCCCUGCAACAAGAUCUAGUUAACUUUGGCAGAUUCUGUGCUGCCUGUGGGUUAUCAGUAGCUUAA